AUGAAAUUCACCGCAAAGACAUUCAUCUUUCUUGCUAUCUUCUGUCUUAUUGUUAUUGUCGUUGUUGCCCAUUCAUCUACUGCACCUACUUCUGCACCAACAACUUCCGGUUCAGAGAAAAAACGACAACAAUUCAUGAAUGGGAAUCAUAUGAUAAAGACCAAAAAAGAUUCGACCAAUACUAAGAUUUCUCCUAAUACUGCUACUGAUUUUACUGAUGAACCUACGGAUGAACCUACUGGUGCUCCUUCUGGUAGUGCUUCUCCUUCCGGUGUACCUCCUUCAGGUGCUCCUUCCGGUGCUCCUCCUGGUACUUCUUCAGGUGCUCCUUCAGGUGCUCCUUCCGGUCCAUCUCCUUCAGCUGCUCCUUCCGGUGCACCUCCUGCUUCAGGUGCACCUCCUGCUUCCGGUGGACCUCCUGCUUCAGGUGCUCCUUCCGGUGCACCUCCUGCUUCAGGUGCUCCUUCCGGUGGACCUCCUGCUACUGGUGCACCUCCAACUUCCUCUACUGGCUCCCCAUCAAAUGCGCCCUCAACUUCCACUUCCACUUCUUCUUCCUCCAGUCCAAAACUUAACCUGCAAAAACCUGAACGGGAGUCAUAUGAUAAAGAAGUUGCUAAUUUAGAUGUGACUAUUGAUG